CUCAGCAGUAUCUGGCAACAGUAUCCUUGGGCGCUUGGUCUUGGCCUCUGUAAAAUCCGGGCUUACGUAUCUGAAAUGUCGUCUUACGUUUCUGUGCUCACAAUAGUUGCAUUCUCAAUGGAACGUUAUUUGGCUAUAUGCCAUCCGCUACGAACGUAUUCUAUGAGUGGACCAAAAAGGCCGAUUAUGAUUAUCCUAACUGCGUGGUUGAUAGCCAUUAUCUCAGCUUUUCCGUUCGCAAUUUACACAAAAGUCAAUUACGUUGAAUAUCCUCCAGAUUCUGGAAUUGAUUCUGCCAACUCUGCAAUUUGCGCAAUGCUCCUUCCUGACAUGCCCCAUUUCCCAUUGUACGAGUUGAGUUGUGUGGUAUUUUUUCUCAUCCCAAUGCUUAUCAUUCUCAUUGUGUACACAAGAAUGGGAUUGAAGAUAAGGAAAAGCACGAGGAAUUCUCCAACAAGAACAGGUGCAGUUGUAAUCAUGUUCUUCUUAUGCUGGGCACCUUUCCAUGCUCAACGAUUACUCUAUGUUUAUGCACAAGAAGCUGACUACUAUCCCGAUCUCAACGAGUGGCUGUAUAUAUUCAGCGGUUUCUUGUACUACUUCAGCACUACGAUUAAUCCAAUUUUGUACAAUCUUAUGAGCUUGAGAUAUCGCAACGCAUUCAAACAGACGGUUUGUUGCAGUAAAUCCCGGACAGGACACCGGGGUGCCAUUGUGGAGGAAUCGAAUUUACGCACAUGUGACUCACAAAGGAUUCCACAUGUUCCCACCAUACGUUGUUCAGAUAGACACACCAUUGAUCAAGCCAAAGACAUGUUUAAAUUGAAUAGAAAUCAUCGUGAACAUGAGAAGAAAACCAAAUUGCCGAUGGAUAUGCAUAAAGUUCGAGAUCCUUACAGAAAUAUGAUUAUCAAGCCCUUACUGAAAGAUAAACAUUCAUUUAUUGGUGAAAAAGCGAGCUGUGAGAGCACUACUUCUGGCGAUAAAAGUCAAUCCAGACCAGAGAGAGGAUCAAUUUCUACGGCUUGUAGUUUUCUGUGAUUUUCAAUUGAUAGAUCAGAAUCAAGUUCGAUAUGCGUUGAAUGAGUUGCAUGUCCAAAUAAUCCAA